CCAGAACCGCCUUUAUAUGAGCCAUUGCCUCCGUUCAUCCUUCAUAUCAAUCUUAUCACGGCCUGAUUUCAGAUUUUCAGUCCAUCGCAAGCCUUUUCUUCGCAGCAUCUCGACCACCUCCGUCAGAAUGGCCGCCAACAUCAACAACGCCGCCGCCUGGCUGACUGAAGCCAAGGCGCACCCUUUCCAAGUUAAGGAGGCGCCCUCUUACACGCCUGAGGAGAACGAGAUCCUGGUUAAGAACCAUGCUGUGGCCAUUAACCCAGUCGACGGCAGCCUGCAAUCCAAGGCCUGGUGGCCUAUGAACUAUCCGACCAUUCUGGGCCAGGAUGUCGCCGGCGAGGUCGUGCAGGUCGGCCCAAAUGUCGCCCGCUUCCAGCCGGGCGACCGCGUGGUUGGCCAUGCCGUGGGCAUGGCUACCAAGCGCCUUCAAGAUAAUGCCUUCCAAGCCUACACUAUUCUCCAGACAAACAUGGCCAGCCAGCUCCCCAGCGAGAUCUCCUACGAAGACGCGGCCGUGCUGCCUCUGGGCCUCUCCACUGCCGCCUCGGGUCUUUUUCAGGACGACGUGGGCAGCAACGCCAUUCAGCUCGGCGUUGCCGCUGGGUAUGAGGUGUUCACGACCGCCUCGCCCAAGAACUUUGACUACGUCAAGGAACUCGGCGCCAGCCAAGUCUUCGACUACCACAGUGCGACAGUUGCACAGGAUCUCGUGGCGGCGCUUCAGGGCAAGACCGUCGCCGGCGCGAUGGAUUGCAUCGGGUUCGCCGCCACCCCGCUUACAGUCGAGGUGGUCUCCAAGUCCCAGGGGGUCAAGUUUGUGUCCACGGUCAAGGGUGGGUUCCAGGCCCCUGAGGGCGUGACGGUCAAGAGCGUCUUCGGUACUACGAUCAAGGAUAAUCAGGUGGGCAAGGCAAUCUACGAGGACUACCUACCCAAGGCCCUCAAGGCUGGAUCGUUCAUCCCUGCCCCUGUCGCCCUCGUGGCUGGGAAGGGAUUAGAGAGUGUCCAGGCCGCGGUCGAUCUGCAGGCGCAGGGAACUUCAGCCCAGAAGGUGGUGGUUUCUUUGUGA